GGAAGUUCCACCAUCACGUACAGACCUGCAGCAGAGAAGCAUCAUUUCAUCCAGCAGAGACAGAAUGACGCCACGACUGCAGCUCUUCAUCACUUUACUGCUUCACUUUGGAGCAGGAAUCAGUGGUGAAUUCUUUCACAGGGCUGGAGAUGACUCUCUGAUCAUCAACAACAUCACUGCUGAAGAUGCUGAUUUUUACAACUGGUGGGAUGACUUUGUUGAUUAUGAUUCCACAUCUGUGGAUCUGAAUGUUGUAACAGGUGAGUUUUUUGACUUAAUAACAUCCAGACUGUCAGUUUGAAUCCUCCUCAUCAACUCUGAGUUAAAAGCUUGUGUGGAUUUGUCAGCGACAUGAACGUCUGGCCUGUUUGGGAACGUCCUCCACAUGAUGGAUCCUCUCAGACAGUGGCGUCAAUUCAGUCAAAGCUAAGAUACGGCAAGGUUACGAGUCACAGAAUUUAACUACAGUAUCAGUCAACAUGCCCAGCAAAUAACAGAAGUCUGCUAUGUAACUUACUAUUUUUUAACUUUUUCAAUUGCACUCACAUCGUGCUACUAUGAACACUACACUUUAAGUGGAUCAAUUCAGUCAACGCGCCUUUACGCAUCCGUUUUCUGCACCACAGAUGUACUGAUGUUCAGGUAGUAAGCAAAUGUGCCCGCUAGGGGGCACUGGUGUUCUAGGUUUGAGAAGGUUGAUGAAAAGAAGCCAGAAGUAAAGUUGUUGAAUUAAAACACACGAGAAGUCUCCUGACUGAUUCUUGGGAUUAUAAAACCUUCUACAUGGUGUCAGAAGUUGGCGAACCUACUGUGAGUAAAAAGUGGGAAGCCUAAGAAGCAGCUAUGUGAAGAAAUGUCCGUGAUAGUCCGGUAGAAGCAGGCAUCGUUUACCUGGCUGCCGUGGUGGCUAAGCUAAGCGGCUAACAGCUGGAUGCGCGUCGCGGCCCGCACAGAGAGAGAGGAGAAAAAUGACGGAUCAAAUAUUUGCCAUCGCGCCGCCUGGUAACUUUGACUUUGAGCAGCCCAGCUCAUGGCCGCAAUGGAUAAGACGGUUCAAGAGAUUCAGAUUGGCAUCGGGGCUGGAUGGAAAAGCAGAAGAACCAGGUCAACUCCCUCCUUUACGUAAUGGGCGACAAGAGCGACGACAUUCUCAGUACACUAACACUCACGGACCAACAGAAGGCAGUCUAUGCGGACGUGAAAAAAGCCUUUGAUGAACAUUUUGUUGGUAGGCACAACGUGAUAUAUGAACGUGCCAAGUUUAAUAGCAGACAGCAGCAAAAAGGCGAGUCAGCAGAGAACUUUAUCACAGCUGUGCACAAACUAGCAGAGCACUGCAGAUUUGGGGACUUAAAAGAGGAAAUGAUAAGAGACCGGAUAGUGGUCGGAAUAAGAAACUCCAGGCUGUCAGAGAGACUUCAGUUAGACCCAGACCUGACACUGGCAAGAACAAUAACACAGGUCAGGCAGCAGGAAGAUGUGAAGAAACAACAGCAACUGCUCCGAGGCGAACAUUCAGAAAUUAAAGGUGCAAAUGUGGAUGCCAUGAACACAGGCAGAUGGAAAAAACCUUACAGACAAACUCCUCCACUCAGACCAGAACACUCUAUGUCCAAACCAAACUUUGUAAACAAGACAAGCCUUGCUGAAAAAUGUAAAAGGUGUGGGAAAACACCACAACACCCAUGGAAAAUGUGCCCAGCCAAAGAAGCCGAGUGUCGUAAGUGCAGGAAGAAGGGACACUUCGCUGCAGUCUGCAGAUCAUCACAGAGAGUGGAAGCUAUAGUUGAUAGUGAUGCAGAAAAUGACAUAGCAUUCAUGGGGGCAGUUAACGCAGAAGAAAAAGACGAGGUAUGGUUAAAAGAAAUCAGCAUGAAUGGAGAACAGAUUAUGUUUAAACUGGACUCAGGAGCUUCGGUUACAGCCAUCCCAGCUUCUAUGUAUUCCAGGAAAUGGGACGGCAGACUGAUGAAACCACCUAAGAGGAUUAAAGGUCCAGAUAACUCCCCGUUACAAGUCUUGGGCAUGGUGAGGUCACACAUCAAGACAGAAAGAAAGGAAACAAUGCAGAAUGUGUAUGUCAUAGAAAAUCUUGUGACGCCACUAAUGGGCCUCCCUGCUUUAAUAAAGCUGAACCUGAUUCAACAAGUAGCUUCAGUCCAGGCAGAGACACAGAAGAACAGUCAUCAGUACAAGGCUAUCUUCCCAAAAGUGUUUUCAGGGCUUGGAAAGCUGCAAGGAAGCUACAAGAUAAAAUGCGCUCUCAGCCCCACGCAGGGUCCCAUUACCCAUGAAGGACCAAGUCAAAGAAGAGCUGGACAGGAUGGAAACAUUAGGGGUUAUAAGAAAGAUUGAGGAGCCAACUGAAUGGUGCGCAGGAAUGGUCGUGGUCCCCAAACCAAAUAAAAAACACAGAAUAUGUGUGGACCUCACGCGACUAAAUGACAGUGUCUGCAGGGAAAGACACAUAUGUUGGACUACCGUCCAUAUGAUUAUGAAUUCAUGACAUAUGUGAGUGGGUGAACAUUUCUCUUGGACCAGUAAACCUAAAGACUUAAAGUCUCAUGAUCCCUGCCUCAUGGUGAGUUUAUGACACCUCCAGCGUGGUCUGGAGAACGGAAAGACCCCAUGGACACCAGGAUUUGCAUAUGUGACCCUCUUGGUGAUAAGGCACCACACUUUGAUUGGACAAGGACCCCAAGCUGCAGGAAGGGGUAUCAACUUCCUGUAUGCAGCUAUAAAAGAGGAGACCCCCCUCUCUCCGGUCUCUUCUCUCUUUUCUGCUUCUUCCUUCUCACCCACAGGUCUCUCACCAGGGAGCCAGCCAAGGGCCGGCUUUCUCCUUCGUGAACGAAGGAGCGUCCGUUUUGCAGCGCUGCACGAGCGACCCACGCAGUUCCGAGCCCAGAAAGCCGAACUAGGGACCCUGCAUUGCCUCGACGUGAACGCGACGCCGAUCCGAAGUUGAAGGAAGCCAAGUGCUGUGCCCAGCUGCUAUCCCCUCAUCUGCAGCAAGGACACAGGAGGGAGUGAUAGCCGCUUUAUCAGGAUCCCCUGCUGAGCGUAAACACCCAGCUGUUCCACGAGGAACGCUGACCGACCACCCUUUUUUUCUUCAACUGCAAAGGUUCACGUAAGAGGCUGUUUUUAGUGUCUGGGCAGAGAAAACUUAGUAAUACACUUUAAAAGUUAGUUUACGCUGUGAGCUGGACUGCUGAUCCCGUCAUAGUUGUGUUUAUUAACUUAAGUGUUUUUGUUUAUCUUCUUAUUGGUCUACUGCUGCAUCCACAUUGCUGGAUCGUUAUGACAUGCUUCUCGACAACCGAAAACAAGGCCCUUCUAAAUUUCCCAGUUGAAUGACCAGAGCGCACGUGUGAAGUUUAGUUUCACCGUGGGGCAUUUCUGUGUGGGAAAGAUCAGAAGGUCUUGGGUUUCUGGUAAUGAGAAAUUAUUUAAGAGUGUCUAUUAUUUUACUUUUCUUCUGCAUCUCUCUCUCUCUUCCUCUCGUACUAACCCCCCCCCACACGCACACACACACACGCACACACACACCCAGACGCUCCCCUCGGUCAUAAAUUCCCGAGCCGUUCUGAGAUCCGACACACACACACACACACACACACACACACACACACACACACACACACACACACACACACACACACACACACACACACACGCGCACACACGCACACACACACACACACACGCACACACACACACGCGCACACACGCACACACACACACACACACACACACGCGCGCACACACGCACACGCACACACACACACACACACACACACACACACACACACACACACACACACACACACACACUAGUCACACCCCACACAGAUGACUGGAACUUUUGCAUUGUAUAAUUUCUGUCCCUGUUUACGUAGUGUGCCAUCAGGAUUUUAUUUGGGGUGUUGCGUCUAUCAUCUUUUGACACCUGUAUGUAAAUAAAUCCUGAUUGAUUUUUAAUGAGUGGUUUCUGUUGUUUC